UAGGCCAAUGAAGUGACCCAUCGCCCUCGGCCCGCCUCGUCCCGGUGCCGACCCCGCAGCGACACGGAGCGCCCCGGCACCCUGCCUCCCCGCCGGCCGCGAUGCCGAACGUGCAGCUGCCGCCCAAGGAGAGUAAUCUCUUCAAACGUAUCUUGAAGUGUUAUGAACAGAAGCAGUACAAAAAUGGCCUCAAGUUUUGCAAGAUGAUUCUUUCGAACCCAAAAUUUGCUGAACAUGGAGAAACUUUGGCUAUGAAAGGAUUAACAUUGAACUGUUUAGGAAGGAAAGAAGAAGCGUAUGAAUUUGUUCGUAAAGGAUUGCGCAAUGAUGUCAAGAGUCAUGUCUGUUGGCAUGUGUAUGGACUCUUGCAGCGUUCUGAUAAGAAAUAUGAUGAAGCUAUUAAGUGUUACCGAAAUGCCCUCAAAUUAGAUAAAGACAAUCUGCAAAUUCUAAGGGAUCUCUCUCUGUUGCAGAUCCAAAUGAGAGACCUUGAAGGUUACCGAGAGACAAGAUAUCAACUUCUUCAGUUGCGCCCAACACAACGUGCUUCCUGGAUUGGCUAUGCUAUUGCAUACCAUUUACUGAAAGAUUAUGAUAUGGCACUAAAACUCUUGGAAGAAUUUAGACAAACUCAGCAAGUUCCUCCCAACAAAAUAGACUAUGAAUAUAGUGAACUUAUAUUGUACCAGAAUCAAGUGAUGAGAGAGGCAGAUCUAUUUCAGGAAUCCUUGGAACAUAUAGAAACAUACGAGAAACAAAUAUGUGAUAAACUUUUGGUGGAAGAAAUUAAAGGGGAAAUGCUGUUGAAAUUGGGACGAUUAAAAGAAGCCAGUGAAGUAUUCAAAAACUUGAUUGAUCGGAAUGCAGAAAACUGGUGUUAUUAUGAAGGCUUGGAAAAAGCGCUACAACUUAGUUCCUUAGGACCUUUUCUCCCCCAUGGCACUUUAGAAGAGAGGCUUCAAAUUUAUGAAGAAAUUAGUAAGCAGCAUCCCAGAGCAAUUUCACCUAGAAGAUUACCUUUGAAUCUUGUCCCAGGUGAAAAAUUUAGAGAACUAAUGGAUAAGUUCCUGAGGGUUAACUUCAGUAAAGGCUGCCCACCUUUGUUUACUACUUUGAAAUCUUUAUAUUACAAUACAGAAAAGGUUUCAAUAAUUGAAGAACUUGUUACUAAUUAUGAAGCCUCUCUUAAAACAUGUGACUUUUUUAGCCCUUAUGAAUGGAGACCAAUUAUUGUGCCUUGGAUGGCGAUUUACAAGCUUUUAAGACCCCUGGGACUACUCAUCAAAGUAGGAGGUAGAAGAGAGGUACUAAAAAUGUUAUUCGGCCGAUUCACUGGAAUGUCCCAUGAAGCCAUGACCCUAAACCUCCAAACCAAGAAACCAAAUCCCAUGAGACUUUUGGUUGUAGAGAAUGGGGAGAAGGAACCCCCAACAACUCUACUCUGGGUUCGCUAUUUCCUGGCACAGCACUUUGAUAAGCUUGGACAGUAUUCUUUGGCUUUGGAUUAUAUUAAUGCUGCAAUUGCUAGUACUCCAACUCUAAUAGAGUUAUUCUAUAUGAAAGCAAGAAUUUACAAGCAUAUAGGUAAUCUCAAAGAAGCCGCAAAGUGGAUGGAUGAAGCACAGUCUCUGGACACAGCUGAUAGAUUCAUCAAUUCUAAAUGUGCAAAAUAUAUGCUUCGAGCAAAUAUGGUAAAAGAAGCAGAGGAAAUGUGCUCCAAGUUCACAAGGGAAGGAACAUCUGCCAUGGAAAAUCUAAAUGAAAUGCAGUGUAUGUGGUUUCAGACAGAAUGUAUUUCAGCUUAUCAACGUUUGGGGAAAUACGGGGAUGCCUUGAAAAAAUGCCAUGAAGUAGAAAGGCAUUUUUUUGAGAUAACUGAUGACCAAUUUGACUUCCAUACAUACUGCAUGAGAAAGAUGACCCUUCGUGCCUACGUUGACCUUUUGAGAUUAGAAGAUAUACUCAGAAGACAUGCCUUCUAUUUCAAGGCUGCUAGAUCAGCAAUUGAAAUAUACUUGAAAUUGUAUGAUAAUCCUUUAACCAGCGAAAACAAACAACAAGAAAUAAACUCAGAAAACCUGUCUGCCAAAGAAUUGAAGAAAAUGCUUAGCAAGCAGAGAAGAGCUCAGAAAAAGGCUAAAUUAGAAGAAGAGAGAAAGCAUGCAGAAAGGGAACGUCAACAGAAAAAUCAAAAGAAAAAAAGAGAGGAAGAAGAGGAAGAAGCCAGUGGUCUCAAGGAAGAACUUAUACCUGAAAGAUUAGAAAGGGUAGAAAAUCCCCUAGAAGAGGCAAUCAAGUUCCUUAUACCUCUUAAGAACCUUGUUGCUGAUAACAUUGACACUCAUCUAUUAGCAUUUGAAAUAUAUUUUAGAAAAGGAAAGUUUCUGUUGAUGCUGCAAUCUGUCAAACGAGCUUUUGCCAUAAACAGUAAUAACCCAUGGUUACAUGAAUGUUUAAUUAAAUUUUCUAAAUCUGUGUCUAAUCAUAGUAAUCUUCCAGACAUUGUAAGCAAAGUUCUCUCUCAAGAAAUGCAGAAAAUAUUUUUCAACAAGGAUUUGGAAAGUUUUAAUGAGGAUUUUCUCAAACAUAAUGCUACCUCUCUUCAGCAUCUACUUUCAGGUGCUAAAAUGAUGUAUUUUAUGGACAAGUCAAGGCAAGAGAAAGCAAUUGCUAUUGCCACUAGACUGGAUGAAACUGUAAAAGAUAAAAAUGUAAAGAUUUUAAUAAAGGUUUCUGAGGCACUGCUUGAUGGUAGCUUUGGGAGUUGUAAUUCCCAGUAUGAAGAAUACAGAACAGCCUGCCAUAAACUCUUUCCUUUCACGUCUGCUUUCCUGCCUGCCGUGCACGAAGGCGACAGUCACAGUGCAGCACUAAACCACACAGCUAUUAACUACGAUGUUUUGGCAAAUGAAAUGUGAAUUCUCUUAAACAGUCUCCUCUAGACUCAAGGCUGAAUUCAAGUCAGGGUUUCUAUUCCAGGGUGCAUUCUAAUAUAGAUAGGAAAUGAAAUAUUUGGGUAGAAUUUUUAAAUGCAGUAUUCUGUAAGCUUGUUUUAUGCUUUAUCUGACUUUGCCGAUUUACAUAAACAUCUGUUAAAAUUACCUGUUUAUAUUUGUACAAUUUUUCUUAAACUUCCAAAUUAUUAGCAUUGUAGUAGGUGCUGUCACUUCUAUAAAUGUGAUGAUUUCUUAUUAAGCUAAGUUAUAUACAGUGCCACAAUAUUAUUUUCUUUAAAUCCUGGUUUCAGGGUUUAUGAUUUGAUCCCUUGUCUUACUGGUUUGUUUUAUUGCUGUUUAGUUGCUUGCUUUUUAAUUAAAGUACAUUAGUUUUAAGGUGUUAACAAUAUGGAACCCAUCUUGACAGAUACAGAGGUUUAUUUAAAAUUUAAUUUGCCUUUUUUUACCUUAAUUUUUCAUAAUUUACCAUUUCCUUGUAAUAUCCAUAAAAAUGACACCUUCUGGUUGAAUAAGGGUACUCCAAGUUUUAUGUAGAUAAUUCAAAAUGGGGGGACUGGUUUACUUCUCAAUCAUGGAACUUCACUGGUAAAGUUACUGCAUAUCUCUAAACAGUCUUGAAGACUCACAGGCAAGAAUUAUGCUUUCUUGACUAAAUUGCUUUGAGUGUUAGCAGGUAGUUUAUAUCUGAGGGAUGUGCUUCAAGGCAGCAGAAUAGUAGAAUAUAAAUUAUAAUGAAACGUCUGACAGCCAUGCAUUAACUAUUAAAUGCAUUUUUAUAUCCCUCAGCAAAAUGAGAGUUUAAACUGUUUAAGUACUAAAACAUAGUAUUGUUGAACAAUGAUUUUUUGGGGGGAUAGCUUUUUGUUCUGUCUUGUACAGAAAACAGUAAUGGAAUCAUUCAGUUUGUGUUUCUUUCAGAACUGUGUAAAUAUGUCUGUAACAUUAAUGCUUCCCUUUAUGACAACUAUAAAUUCAAAAAGGGAGAUUCUAUUUAGACAAAAAAUUCUAAUUAAAAUGAUUUUCCUUCACCCUAAUCUAUUUAGAUUCAUAAUUGUUGAGAGAAACCUCACUGUAAAAAAUGCCAACCUAUGUAAUGAUGUAAUAAAUUAUUUUGUACACAGUUGCUUAUUGUAUUUGUGUCUUGUUUCGUGCUUAUCAAAGCAUUUUUGCAAAAUGUUUUUUCUUUGGGGGAAUAAAAGCCUGAACAUCUUAAUAUUUUAAAGUUUAUUAAAAAAUGUAAUUCUCAUAACCACAUGCCAGAUAUAUUCUGGUGCCACAGUGCCUUGGCUUCUUCUUAAUGUUUUAAUGAUUUUAGAUAUAGCCAACUUUGUCACUAAAUAUCCUGGUAAAUACAUAAUUCAUCAUGUUACUUUCAGCAAGAUGCUGUUAGCAUAAAAGGUGCCUGUUCCACAUAAUGAAUGUGGAAAUUGUGCUUUCAGCAGCAGCCUUUUUAAAAGUAUUGCAUUAGGAUCAUUUAGAGUUUCUGAGCAUUAUGGGAUGGAUACAGUUGAGAUGCGAGGAGUUAGAUUCAAGGUACAGAAUAGAAGAUGUGGAAUGGAGGGUAACUGGUGA